AUGAGAAAAGCAGAAUCUAAAAAUAGAUCUAGUUCAAGAUCACCUCAAUCAUAUGCUGUAUAUGACGACAAGAGUCUGAAUGGCUCAACAUAUGAUGAAGCUUCUGAGGAAGAACUGUAUAAUGAACAGGAUGUUAUGAAUGGCUUGCUUGAUCUGAUAAAGACAGUUCAAAAACGAAAAAAAAUACAGCAUAGAAGACAAAACUAUUCUGGUGAUGAGGACAACAGCAGUCUCACUGAUUUAGAGGAGGAAGAACGACAGAGAGUGCACAAAGAAAAAGAAUACAUACAUAAAGAACAGAAACAUAUUCAGAAAGUACAUGAGGAAUUAUGUGACAUUAAUUAUAAGUUGCAGCACGAAAAUAAAAGACUACGUCAGUGGGAUUUAGAGCUCAGAAAAAGAGAAAGUCAUCUUGACACUGUUGAGAAACAACUAUCAGAAUAUGCAUCCUCUCUUGAAGAAAUUAUUGAAAAAGAAGUUAAGAAAAGAUGUAAAGAAGUAGAGGAGACCUGCCAGAUGAAAUUAACGGAGAUGCAAAAAGAAAAUACAAAAACUAGAAAUUCCUUUAAAAUUGUUAAAAAAGCAAAUGGCACUUUAAAGCAACAGUUUGCAUCAAGUCAAUCAAAAAUAAAAGUUUACGAAGAUAAACAAUCUGCUUUACAGAAUCGAAUAGCAAAUUUGCAAAGAAAGAUAGAUAUUCUGAACCAACAACUGAUGGAACAUAACGAAUCAUCUUCUAACACCACCAAAGAUCGAAAUUUGUCUAAGAAAAAGGAAACCACGCCGACAAUAACAGGAACAUUUUAUGAAGUAUUUUCAACACUGCUUCAAUGGGUGUCAGAUGUUCACUUGAAACAACAUAUUGAUAACAUGGUAAAAGUUGGUAGCCCAACACACAUUGAAUGUGAUGUUGUUGUAGAAAGUAAUAAUGAAAGAUCGAUAAGGAUUGUGAUAUUAAUAUCUAACACUCUUCACGAAGUUUCUUGUAUGAAGGAUAACAUUCAAUUAGCAUUUAUACAGUUUAUUUAUUGGUCUCUCCUCUACGCUCAUCUUACACAAAGCUCUCAGAAAUUCUCUCAUGCUGCAACCUAUAGAAAAAUUGGUGAGGAAUUGUAUCAAGCUCAGCAUGGGUCCAACCAAACUAAAGAUUCAAAUAUGCGUCAACAAGGAUCGUUCUUUCAAAGCUCAAAUAGACGUGUUAAAUUGAUAUCUUCGCUCAUUAUACUACAUACCAUUUCACAAGCUGAUAUAAUUGCUCAUGUGUUUCGUGAUAUGAACAUGCAGUUAAGAAUUGAAUUGUGCAAAGAUAUAUUUCUGGAGCAUCAUGGGACAGUUUUACUCCAACCAUUAUUCAAACUUACAAAUAAGGUCAACUUGAUGUUCACAACAGAAAUUUUAAUGAUCAUGGCAGCUGAAUCUCCCUACUUGCAGCGAUUUCUUGAAGGUUUAAGUUCUGUUGAGUGGAUUCAAGCUAUUGUUUCAAUUAUGAAGAGCAGCAAAGAGGAUAUACCGUUGAUGGAAAAACUAAGUUUACUCUUGCAACGUCUGUCAAAGUUAAGGGCGAACAAACCUAUCUUAGACGCUCUCCAAGUCUCCACUGUGGUUACAGAAUUGGCGCGCACUUGUAGUCCUAAUGAAGAGUUCUUACAGCUGAAUUUACGAUCUAUAUUAUUUAAUUAUGAGUCAAUGAAAACGUUAAAAGUUAAUUAAUUUUCGGUGCAAUUUUGUUUUGCCAGAAGUUUUUACGGUUUUCGUUAGAGUUGCUAUCUUUCCUGCAGUUUAACUGACAAUCCUAAUAUGAUGAUUUAUAGAGAUCGAAAAAUCACUGUCGGCUGUUUGAUGGGAGAAUCGCAAGAAAAAUAAUAUAUAUUUUAAAAAUGUAAAUUUUGUGGAAAAUUUAUCGGUAUUUUUGAUACCCACAUGUUUCAUGUUGGGCUAUUUAUAAACCAUGUUGGCAUCUAUUAAUUUAAAAGAAUUGCUAAAAUUGUUGGUAACAAAGGUAAACUUUUAAGAAAAACAAUCAAGGCAAUUGUGAAUUGAAUUACUUUUCUCUCGGUCGGGACUAUUACUUUGUAAGAAACCCUUCGGAAACUUAAUAAUGAAGGUGAAAACUUCCGUGAAACUUAUUUCCUUUGAGUAACUGGCGUUUAGAAGGUAAAACAUUAACUAUGCUGAGUUCCAUUUUUUUAGUUAGUACGAAUAACUAUCGAGAAUGUUAAGCAAGAGAUGUGAGAUAGUUAUACAUUUACAUAACGCUGGUUUGUUGGUUUCCAAGUAUUUAUUGAUGUCUGUCAUAGAUAAUUUUGACUGAAAAUUUUUUUUUAUGUAAAAACAAAUUUCUUGACUGUAUUAUUAUGUAUGAUAAAAUAAUAUAUAGAAAGGUUUUUUAAAACUAGUGUAAAUUUGUAACGCCUUCGGAUAUUCAUAAAAAAAUAUUUAGAAUAAUUUUUUUU